CUCCUCUCCUCCUUCCUGCAGGGCGCGUUCCCGAUAGUCAACAUCAGCAGUGUGCACGCGACUGGAGCCCCCAAACUGUCACGCGGGGGAAGGAGAGCUCCCGCCAAGAGCGGCCUGAAGCUGAAGCCGUUCCCCUGCUCCGUGCAGGGCUGCGAGCGACGCUUCUCGCGCUCGGAUGAACUGAACAGGCACGUGCGCAUCCACACGGGACAGAAGCCGUUCCAGUGCACCAUCUGCGCGCGCAGCUUCAGCCGCAGCGACCACCUGACCACGCACACGCGCACGCACACUGGAGAGAAGCCCUUCUCUUGCGAUGUGUGCGGCAAGAGGUUCGCGCGCAGCGACGAGAGGAAGAGGCAUGGGCGUGUGCACGUCAAGCAGCAGCUCCGCGCGCAGAUGAUGGCCGCCUACUCCCUGGCCCUGAACGCGCCUGGAGUCUAAACAGCAGCGCGAGCCCACGCACGUUCGGCCAGUGAGGCUGCUGAGGAGACGAACUUCAGGAUUUGAACCGUCAACCGGAAAGCGUCACACUGACGAUUCCAUGUGACGUCACCCUGAAGGCGAUGUUAUCUGACGCCUUGAACAGGAAAUGAGACGUGUUUAAAGGUGUUCAGAGACUUUAGUCCAGAUGUUGGACCAGGUGCACGUGGACGGCACAGUCCGCUGUAGGAGGACUGUGGGAGAAGCCCCCCCCCC